CCGCCCAACGUCAGCCUCGCCGGGUCCCGCUCCGUGUCUGGCGGCGGCGGCCGCAGCCCCUGAGGUAACGCCGCCGCGACCGGGGGGGGGCCCGUUUGAGGCCGGCAGGAACCGCCCGCAUCCUGGGGCCGCCCCCGCCCGGGGCUGCCCGGCCCCGCGGGGCGCAGGAGAUUCAGUUUUAGAGCUGUGUGGAGGCUGUUACCACUUACCUUAGAAUACUCAAACUAGAUACCAGGGGCUGGGUUCUCUCCAGGUUAGCUCAGGAUGGCAGACCAGAGGCAACGUUCACUCUCCACCUCUGGAGAGUCCUUGUACCAUGUGCUGGGCUUGGACAAGAAUGCCACUUCAGAUGACAUAAAAAAGUCAUACAGGAAACUUGCAUUGAAAUAUCAUCCUGAUAAAAACCCUGAUAAUCCAGAGGCAGCAGAAAAGUUCAAAGAGAUCAAUAAUGCACACGCGAUAUUGACCGAUGCCACAAAGCGAAACAUUUAUGACAAGUAUGGCUCCCUGGGGCUCUAUGUGGCAGAGCAGUUUGGGGAAGAAAAUGUGAACACAUACUUUGUGCUUUCCAGCUGGUGGGCAAAGGCCUUGUUUGUGUUCUGCGGGCUCAUCACGGGCUGCUACUGCUGUUGCUGUCUGUGCUGCUGCUGUAAUUGUUGCUGUGGGAAGUGUAAACCCAAACCCCCCGAAGGAGAGGAGCAGGAAUACUACGUCUCUCCAGAGGACUUGGAGGCACAGUUGCAGUCAGAUGAACGGGAGGCCUCAGAUGCACCUAUCGUGAUACAGCCAGCAUCAGCCACAGAGACGACCCAGCUCACAGCUGACUCUCACCCCAGCUACCACACUGAUGGAUUUAAUUAAGUUAAGGAAACACUGUAAUUAGAAUGGAUUAAAAAAACAAACAAAAAAAAUAUACAUGGCCAACUCAACACUAGAAUCAUGAACAUUAGAAGUAGAGGAUGGGGAGGGGGAAUAAUUCUGCCACAGUAAGGAGGCAGCUUUCCAACCUGCCGGAAAUAUUUUGUAAUCCCUUCAGCCUUUUGUCACCUUUCAGUGUCGUAUCUUGAUGGUACAUGAAGUGCUGUAGCAUGCAGUAUUUAAAGCAGUUUAGAUACAGUCUUAUUUGUUUCCUUUCUUCUUCUUUUUUUUUUUUCCUGUUUGUUUUAUUUUUUUAUAGCAUGUAUGAAGUUCCGUUAAAUGUCUGUGGUGUUAUGUAUCGAGUUGUCACGACGUCAGUGUGAUGGAGACAUCCUGCAUUUUAAGCAGUGGUACUGGCCUAAAAAUGAGGUUUAAAAAGAAAAAGUUUCUCAGAAGCCACCAUUCUUCCAUGCAGCUGAGCUGUCGAAGACCUUUAAAAGUUCAUGGUUUUCAUCUGAGUGCAACAGACCAGUCCUUUUAUUCCUCCUUCUAUUCCUGUCUUGUUACCUGAGCACGUUUACAAAGCCAAGAACCAAAAACCGCCAGUCCUGCAGAGCUGGAAUUCUCUUAAACGCUGGUUUUCAGCUUAAAUAAAUCUACCUUGAAAAAUAAGAAGGGAGAGUUUCCAAUCUUUGAACAGUAAAGUGAUGAACAGCUCCUUACAUGUAGGGCAACCUUCGGUGGCCAUGUAACCGCAAACUCUUAGGUUGCCACAAACCCAACUGUGUGGUGGGACUUCAGCUCCAAGUACAAUCCUGGUUUGGUUUGAGUUCAGUCCUUUUCCUGAAGUGCUAAAGACCAAAUAGCACAGCUUUUUUUGAAAGCAUGAGAAUCUUAAAGUAAAGCUGGUUAAUUGGUUUUCACCCAGGGAGUAAAAUGCAGGCAGUGGACAACAGGAUACAUGUUUAAAAAUAAUGGUGUUUGUUUUUUUUUUUAAUUUGUUUUAAUAAUUUGAGGUUCUAAUAGACAAAUGGGGUAUUACAUGUCAUUUUUAAAAGCUUUUAUAAUACACCAGCCCUUUAAUUUUCUCAUGAACAUCUUUGUGGUAUACUUAAGUGGCUUUUUAAGAACAAAACACCUUUUUUUUGUGUUUAUCAUGUGUAAUUUGCACAUUGUCUUGCAUUUAGACUUGUUUACACCAGUGUUUUUUUCUUCAAAACAACUAUGGGGAAACCAGUGAAAGGUUUCCUGUACUAUUUUGAAACCAAAUUGUGUCUGAAGACUGCUCUAGAAAUUGUGGUUUAUUGAGAUUUAACUGCUAAAAAAAAGCCUUUUAUGCAGCUGCUGGAUUGCUGGUGUGUGUUGUUGUUAAUAAUCUUAUUUUAGAAGUCAGGAUCUAGAGCAGCUACACUUGGCACUGUUAGCAGUUCAAUUACAGCCUCUGUAAUUUUGAUCUUUAGGGUUCUGUGUCACAAAGCCUCCACUCUCCUUUGUAUCCCCCAUCUCCCCUUUUCAUUUUCCCCCUCUUUCUGUGGAGAUGCUAUUUGCAGGCUUCCUCCCAGCAUUGGCUUUGAAAGUGCUUCGUGCUGCUCUGUCACAAGGUCCAGGUGUUGCUUUUGAAGGGGGUAAAGCUCUGUCAGUCUGUAAAAAAAACCACCAGAAAAUGAAGGGGACUCUCCUGCCAGAGAAUUGUUCUGAACAUAUUUUCAGGCUUUCUUUGCAUGAGCUGGGAAUGAUGGAGCACGUAAAAUCUCACGUGAAACUGUCUUAAAAGGGAAAGUUCUUAACAUGGUCUCAGUGCUAAGUGAGGGAUGUUUGCAAAGUCAGGCUUUGCCGGAGCUGUUGGUACAAGCUUGUUGCCUGCAUGUGAGCUUGUUGCCAAUGAGCAAGCUUGUGGUGCCACACGGGGUCCCAAAAUGAGCUGACCAGAUGCCAGUAGCACACUGCAGUCAUUCCUUCCUUGUCAAUAGUCCUUCCAGACCUGAAACCUGGUGGUUUACUGGAAGAUAAUUCUUGUUUUUCUGUCUCAAAAACUCCUUUGGGUGGCCUUGAGGAGAUUUGUCUGGAGGUUCUUACUUAUUUCAAGUCUUUGGCCCCUUGGAAUGAAGAGCAAUUUUUAGGCUUAAAAAAAAGAAAGGUCAUGUUGGCUGUUGGUGUAGAUUGUGCCUGAAGCCUGUUCCUGAUGUGGAGUCACACACUGGAAUAUACCUGAGUAUCUGCAGGCUUUCUCCCCUGAAAAAUCACCCUAAAAACUGUCCUCAUCUGUGCAAGUUAUGUUCUUGGUGGAAAAAGUAAAAAGCCUUAGGGGUUUUUGGCUUGAUCAGAGUGAUUUGGUUGAGAGAGGAAGGGGCUGUUUCCUUGUGCUGUCAUGCUCCGUGUCCCUGUGUUCAUCUGGAUGGAUGACACCAAGCCAGGUGUUAGGGCUGUUGCUCCGUAGUGGAGCAGCUGUGCCCCUGAUGCUGGGGCUGGCUGUUAGGGUUGAGUUGGAAUAUUUAUUUCUUAACCUCUCUGGGCUCCUCCUGCUGCACCACAGAGGAUGGCAGGAGGUUGUGGCCCCAGGGAGGUGUGUGGUGCACCCAGAGUCCCUCCUGGCACUGUGGGCAGUGAGGAGUGAAGGGAAUGCUGUUAUCUGUGUUUUCCUCUGCUUGGGAAGAGGUGACAUCCAGGAUGAAUGUGCUGGCUCAGUUCUUGGCUUAGCAAGGUGUGAGUUUGGGAGAGACCACUUUCCUUAGGGCUGUGUCUGCAGGUGGAGCGUGGGUAGGAAAUCAGGCUGUAGCUGUUGUCCACCAGGAUGAGGUUGGAUGCUCCAAGGGAAACUGCUUUGAGCUCCCAGUUCCAGGGAGUGACUGGAGAAUGUGGUUUUAGUUUAAUAUUCAUGGUUCUUGAAACUGUUUUAACUUUGUGUUAAUCUGUAAUCUCUGAAUUUAAGAUGAUUUUGUGUUAAUGUAGUUGUUCUUGAACUCUACAAGAGAGCACUUUGAACAUUCCUUCUUUAAAACAGAACUUGUGUAAUCAGAGGAUAAGUAGAUUAAUGCCCACUCUUCUCCUGCUCUUGUAGGUAAGGGGCAGGAGUAUCCCAGGCUCUGACACGAGUUGCACUUCAUUGUAGCCCAGCUGAAUCCUGGUGAAUGCAAGGUUGUGUUGGGAAUACUGGUUAAAAGUCUGGUGCAGGGGAUAGCUCAGCAGCCCUGAGCCUGGGCAGAAGGAGCUGCCUUAGAGCCCUGCAGCCCCUUAGCUGGCUUAUGUGCAGAGUGUUUCCUUCCAAACCAGACCUGAGCACUGUUUGUCUCUGUUCAGUGUGUUGCCAGAAUUAAAACUUGAGCUUUGA